GGGAACCCGCCCGCCUCUUCGCGCACGUGUCACGUUAGGGAAAAAGGCUACGCGAAGGUUACACAGAAUGAUCGCCGAUGUUUUUGUUUACGAUGAGAAACGUAACCUUUCACGUUGAUUAAUUUUUGCCACGCGAAAUUAAGAAGCUCGUCGCUUGCUUCUUGUUAAUUUGAUUUGAAUCUACAAAAAUAAUGCGUGUUUUGUGGAUGUAAAUAAUUUGAGCUGUGGAGUCUAGUAGGUAGCCUUGCGGAUAAAACGACGGACGAGAACUCUAUGUUGUAGGUUCGAAUCCUACCAUUCCCCAAAUAAUUUGAGCUGUGGAGUCUAGCAGGUAGCCUUGCGGAUAAGGCGACGGAUGAAAACUCUGUAUGUUGUAGGUUCGAAUCCUACCAUUCCCCAAAUAAUUUGAGCUGUUCUAGUUUACAGAAGAGAACAUAAUAUAUUUACUUUUAUUAUCGCCUAAGUGCGCCAAAGAGAGGAAAUAAAAUGGAUAAAGUAUGUACUCCCGAGGAAAUUGAAAAGAAGCGUCUGUCGGCAUUGCAAAGGAGACAGCAAGCCCAGUUAAAGACAGGAAUCACGCCUGUGGAUAGUCCAGCUCGUCAACAGUCCAGCAGUCCAACAGUCCAACAGUCAAGAUCAAACAGCAGCAGACAUUUUGCGCCACAGAACAAGUCGAAUAAUCGUUUCAAUCCUAUAGCGCCUGGAAAAUUUUUCAGUCAACCGAUGGCAACGGGAAAAUGUUACAUGGUCAGCGACGACAGAUUUGUGUUAGAAACAUCGUUGUUUGUACCUGUGAUUAUUGAAAUCUUUAAAACAAUUCCAAGCAGACUAUACGAUACGAAAUCGAGAAUAUGGAGCUUCCAUUUAAACGAUCAUGACAGUUUAAUGCAGAAAUUGAUGACCAGCGACUACAAGAUGCCUGUGACGAGAAUACCGGAUAAUAUUCUUCAGAUAUUCAAGAGAAACUUAAAGUCGGGCAAUCAAAUACCAGAACAAGAUUUGUCAAAAAUCGAUAAAACGUUGACGAGUAUUUUAAUGCCGUUCCAACGAGAUGGCAUUUGCUACGGUAUAUCGAAGAGCGGUCGUUGUAUGAUUGCGGAUGAUAUGGGCUUGGGAAAAACUAUACAAGCGUUAGGCAUAGCACAUUACUUCAAGGAGAGCUGGCCCCUCCUCAUUGUAGCCCCUUCAUCAGUCAAGUACCAGUGGUCUCAGGCGAUUUACGAGUUCUUACCAUCCGUGCCCACACAUUAUGUUCAUCAUUUUGUAAAUACUAAAGAUUGCAUCGAUGAUGACAAAAUCACCAUAAUAUCGUACGACUUGUUAGCACGGGCCGUAGACGUUCUCGAGAAAUAUAUUUAUGGAUUUAUCAUUCUGGAUGAGUCUCACGUUUUGAAGAGCAGUAAAACCGCGAGAUUUCAAGCUGUUCAUCGGAUAUGUGCCCAUGCGCGGCAUAUUGUAUUGCUCACGGGCACUCCGGCUCUGUCGAGACCAAUCGAGUUGUAUUCUCAAAUCAACCUUGUUGUGCCACGUUUCAUGAGAUAUGAAGACUACGGCGUGCGAUAUUGCGCGGGGCAGAGGACUGCGUUCGGUUGGGACUUUGCGGGUUCUUCAAAUUUGCAAGAGUUACAAUUGCUGCUGAAGACUAAUUGUAUGAUUCGGAGGCUGAAAGUUGACGUUUUAAACCAGUUGCCGCCCAAGAUAAGGCAGGUGAUUAUUUUGGAUCCAGCUCUGAUCAAGGCUGGCACCAAGCAAAUGAAGGAGAUGUCGCUGAAAAUGCAGAAGAAAGCUACGGCAUUAGAAAGGCAUAAUGCUCUGUUGCAAUAUUACAACGAGUCUAGUUUCGCAAGACUGAAGGCAGUAGGCGAUUACGUUAGGAACCUGUUUGAAAAUAGAAUAAAAUGUAUCUUGUACGCUCAUCAUCAAAAUGUUUUGGAUGCCAUUUGCGAAGUCGCCGAAACUAUGAAGAUACGGUACAUAAGAAUCGACGGCAAAACCAGUUCGGAGCAGAGGAAACUACAGGUCGACAAAUUUCAAGAGCGCGACGACUACCUGGCAGCGGUUCUAUCAAUCACCGCCGCGAACGCGGGCGUUACUUUGACGGCCGCGCACCUCGUGGUCUUCACCGAAUUAUUUUGGAAUCCUGGUAUCUUGUGCCAGGCGGAAGACAGGGUGCACAGAAUCGGGCAGAACAGUAACGUUGUAAUCAGAUACUUGGUGGCGAGAGACACCGCGGACGAUCUCAUAUGGCCGUUGAUCAACAAAAAGAUGAGAGUCCUGAACGCGGUCGGCCUGAAUCAGGAUUUCUCGAUAGAAAACGUCGACGUUGCAGUACAGAGAGAGAAGAAGCAACGAGACUUGACGUGUUUCUUGAAUAGAUCCUGGACCUCCGAGGAAGGAUCGCAACAUGAUAAGGAGCCGAAAGAUUCUCCAGCCGCGGAAGACGACAAGAAACGGGAGGAACUUGCAGCUCCGGAAGCGUCAACAUCAAACGAUUUUAAAGAGUUACUCGAGACCGAUGAGGAAUACUUCGACUCCUGCGGUUGGGAUAAUAUGUGAUCGUAUAAUAAUUUAGCGUUGUUUUCGAAGAAAGAUAUAUUUGUACGAAGGGAGUAAAAAGUUCCACGUGUUCCAUCCCGGA